AUGAGUGGUACUGAGCAACAGCCCAGUGUGGAAAACACUGAUACAACUGGUACUGACCCAGGAAAUAGUGCGAGCGCUCCACCAUUGUUACCCCAUUUACAGCAACAGCAACAACAGCUACAACAACAUGAAUCCGCCGAGAUAAACUACGAACAAGAAGCUCAAAAAUUGGAAGAUAAGGCACUUAGAUUCUUAGCUAAGCAAGCACAUCCUGUAAUUAUCCCAUCCUUUGCCGCAUGGUUUAAAUUCUCAGAGAUACAUGAAAUUGAGAAAAGGUCACUACCAGACUUCUUUGACGAUUCAUCAAGGUUUAAAACCCCAAAGGCCUAUAAGGAUGCCAGAAACUUUAUGAUUAACACUUAUCGACUCUCACCAUAUGAAUAUCUUACCAUGACCGCUGUAAGAAGGAACAUUGCCAUGGAUGUCGCGUCUAUCGUCAAGAUCCAUGCAUUUUUAGAGAAAUGGGGGUUAAUCAACUACCAGAUAGAUCCACGUUCCAAACCAACUUUAAUUGGUCCAAGCUUUACAGGUCACUUCCAAGUAAUUUUGGAUACGCCACAAGGUUUGAAACCAUUUGUACCACCAGAGUUAACUACUGACGAUAACGGUGAAACGGCAAAGCCUGCAUCCACUGAAGGAUUUACAGAGGAGCAAACUGUAAAGCGUGAAAAAUUCCCCAUAAAUUUAUCGCUAAAGACAAGCGUUUACGAUACGACACAAGAUUUUAACGCAUUGCAAUCGAGGGAUAAAAGUUCAAGACAAAUUCACAAGACUUAUAUCUGUCACACGUGUGGUAACGAUGCGGUAGUGGUACGUUAUCACAAUUUGCGUGCAAGAGAUGCCAACUUGUGUUCAAGAUGUUUCCAAGAAGGUCAUUUUGGUGCUAAUUUCCAAGCUUCAGAUUUCGUAAGGUUAGAAAAUGAUGCCCCCACAGGCAAAAGACAUUGGUCGGACCAAGAAGUAUUAUUACUGUUGGAAGGUAUCGAAAUGUAUGAAGAUCAAUGGGAAAAAAUUGUAGACCAUGUAGGCGGUACCAAAACUUUGGAAGAAUGUGUGGAGAAAUUUUUAAGCCUACCGAUUGAAGACAAUUACAUUGAUGAUGUUAUAGGAUCGGGCAAAAAAGCAAGUUCGUCUUUAGCAGGAAAUGGAGAUGCCGGUACUGGUGAUGUCAAACCAUUUGAUUCUGUGAAGGCCGUGGACGUUACGAUAAAAGCACUUUUAGAUGGUCUUCACAAGCAAACGUUGGAAGAAGCUGUACCGCUAUCUGCUCGUAACGCAUCACAAAAAUAUUUACAAGAGACACAAUCAGUGGUUCAAGAACUGGCGCAAUUAACAUUAAAAAAGUUGGGUAUAAGAUUUGAGCAAAUGAACAAAGUGGAAACUGCGCUACAACAGGAAAAACGUAGAUACGUGGAGGAAUCAGAAAAAAUGUUAAAUGACAGAAUAUCACUAAGCAAACAAGUAAAUGAAAUCAAUUCUGAACUAUCCAAAUUAAACGUCUCAAAAAAAUUGGUGCUGGUAUCAGAGCAAGUUGACUCAGGUAUAAAGCUGGUUGAAGAGGAGAACCAAGAACAACAAGAUAAAGAAAUAUUAGGUAAGAAAUCUGAGGAAGAAAUGGAGGCCAUCUCACAGGCAGAACCUCAAGUAUACAAACCUUGGUCUUUGUAA